CAGCAAUAAAUGCUAACUGUCAGUAAUGGAUCUUCCUGUAUUUGGUUCAAAUUUCAUCUCCACAUGCAAAGUAAUUUCGGCGAAAUCUUCUCGAGUGACGCACUCGUUUUUUUUGUCUUGCACGUUUUCAAAUCUUAGGACCUUCGAAGCGUCAUGACAAAUUUGCACGUUCUUCUUGUGUGUAUCAGUUAACGUAUAUCGGGCAAAUUCACAAUAAGGCAGUUCGUUAUGAAGAAAAAUAAUCGAGAUCUUCGCAAAAAUAAGGCGACACCAGUACCUCAUGAGAAGGCUAGCACCCCCACAAAGAGGAUGAGUGCGUCAGCGCUGGCUUCAAAGAUGUUCCAGGCAAUCAGCGAAUGCGACAGAGAUACGCUGAAGGAACUUCUGGAAGAACAGCCCGCCCAACUAAACGACAUCAAAACGGAAGAAGGUGAUUUUGCACUUCACGUGGCAACCCGGAUAAAGAACACUGAAAUAGUCGAAGUUCUCAUGGAGAACGGAGCAAGCGUCAACAUUCAAAAUAGUGAAGGCCAGACCCCUCUUCAUAUCGCCGUAUCCAACGAGGAUGAGACAAUGGUUGCCUUUCUCGUCAGCCGUAGUGCUAAAACUGAUAUUGCAGACAGUGAAUCAGUAACUGCGACUGAUCUAGCAUCGCGUCUCGAGAACACAGCAAUUAGCGAAAGGCUCCGAGAAAGAGUGCCAACACCUAGAACACCUGGAACACCAAGGCGACGACGAGUACUAUCAAGCGUGAUUGACUCAGUACUCCAUGCGAUCGCGACUGGAGAUGUAGAAGACUUGAAGGAGCUUCUUGAUGGUGGAUAUUUGGACGAGGAUCUCCUCGAAACUAAAUCGGAGAAUGGCGAAACACCCCUACAUAUUGCCAUUAAACUGAAAAGCGUCGAAAUUUGCAAAGUAUUGGUUCAAGGAGGAGCUAAAACUGAAACUAAAACGACUGAGGGAAACACCGCUCUUCACCUUGCCGCUGAGAUAGGAGAUAUCAAUAUGGCAAGAUUCCUUCAAGUUGUGAAAGCCAAAGCAAACGUUUCCAACGAUGCGGGAGACACGCCCUUACACAUAGCAUGUAGAAAAAAACAUGUGAAUAUUGUGGAACUGCUGCUGGGGAAAUUUGGAGCUAACAUCCACAUCAAAAACAAGAUUGGCGAUACACCUUUGUUUGUUGCUGUCCGAGUAAAUUGCACACAGGCGAUCAAGGACCUUUUGCAUACUUCACAAGCGGAUCAAGACGUCAGAUCUGGUAGAACGAAAAAUGGAGACACUUUGAUGCACAUCGCAGUGAAAAGUAAGGAUCCAGAAUUGGCCAAACUCCUGAUACAGUGGGGGGCUCCACCGGACGAAAAGAACGAUGAAGGAAAAACUCCAUUACAUUUAGCAGCUCAAAAAGGUGACGAAGAAAUGGUGAAAUACCUACAUAGCUUGAAAGUGAAUCCCAACACACUUGAUAACGACGACAUGAAUCCGCUUCACUUGGCAGCCAGCGCUGGGCAUCACAAUAUUGUGACAUUUUUUCUGGAAAAAUUUAAAGUGGACGUGUCUUCCAGAAGCAGGGAUGGCAGUACCUUGCUUCAUCAGACGUGCAUGGCGGGUCAAUUGGACGCCUCCAAUGCCUUGAUAAAGAAAGGUGUCCUUCUACUCAUGCCUAAUAAGAGUGGGGGUUUAUGUAUCCACGAGGCGGCGAAGAAAGGUCACUUGGGUUUGGUUAGAAUGUUGAUCGAAAGAGGAGUUCCUGUAAACGUCCAGAACAAGCGUAAAUACACUCCACUUCAUUUGGCUUGUCUCAGUAAGAAACAUCAAGUUGUGCAACUGCUGAUUGGACACGGGGCGGAUGUCACAGUUGACGGUGGUUUGGCGAAAGAAACUCCACUGCAUAUGGCUGCAAAAGUUAAAGGAGGAGAAAAAGUUGUGGACGUUUUGAUCAAAAGUGGAGCUGACCCAGACUCUGCAAAGGACAACGGCGAGAGAGCUCUUCAUUUAGCUUCCAGAUGCGGGAAUUUAGAAGUUGUAAAUAUCCUUUUGCGAGAAAAUACUGAAGUGGCCCGCCGUAGCAAGUCAGGAGACACCCCUCUUCAUUUUGCCUGUCAAAACGGACACUUUCAAAUAGUAGAGGCUCUGAUCGAGCAACUUUUUAGGGACAAGACGUACCUUCUCGCUCGUUUGAUUGUUAACAUACCAAACAAUCUUGGAGUGACUGCUCUUCAUUCGGUGGCUGGUAUUCCUGAAGGAUCAGCGGGCACAGAGGAUCUUGUUAAUACCGUGCAGAUUCUUCUUGAUCAUGGUGCAGACCUGACUUUUUCAACUUACCAGAAAAGAGAGACACCCCUUCACUGGUGCGCACGGUCAGGAAACUACCAAAUGAUUGAGAAAAUAUUUACUUCCCCAAAGGUUCCAGAGUACAUCAAACUGAGUAUCAUUAACAAGACAACUGAGAGCGGAGCCUCUCCACUGAUGAUUGCCUCACAGUAUGGCAAGCUAGAAGUGGUGCGAGCACUUUUGCGUUUUCACGCCAGAGUAGAUGUUUUUGACGAGGUGGGUGGCACAGCGCUCCACUACGCUGCAUCCAGAGGACAUGUGGAGGUUGCACGUGAACUGCUGAAUCACAAAGCUUAUGUGAACGGCAGAACCAAGCCAAAUGUCCGUUAUUCAAGCGAUAAAACACGCAAAGACAACACAGAAGAUUUGCCUAUUGGUACGACUCCGCUUCACAUGGCGGCCGAGAAGGGUCACCCAGAAUUUGUUCGUGUGCUUGUUACCAAGUACAAUGCCAUUAUCGACCCUCUGACAGUGGACAAGAAGAGUCCCCUGCAUUUAGCAGCUGAGAAUGGCAGGCUUCAAGUGUGCAAGGUUCUACUGGAUUUACGUGCAGAUGCUAACGUGACAGACAGUAAAGACAUGAUUCCUGUACAUUACGCUGCUCUAAAUGACAGGGAAGAUAUCGUCGAAUUAUUUUUCAACGUGAGACCCGACACCAUGACACAGAUUAACGCGGAGGGACUUAACGCGUUACACAUCGCCUCCUCAAAUGGAAGUCUCCAAGUUGUAAGGAAACUUGUUAAGCUCGACUUUGCCAAAUGUUCAUCUGAUAAGGGCGUCUUGUGCAAACCUCUUCUGUUGGCUGCUCGCGGAGGCUAUAAAGACAUAGUGGAAUUCUUGCUUCAAAAUGGAGCUUCACCAACUGAAGAAGACACGGAGGGCAACAGUGUUCUACACUUAGCCGCCAAGUUUGGUCAAGUCAAAGUUAUUGAUAUGUUAUGGGGAAAAACACCACUUAACCGAACCAGUGUUAAGAAUGGAAUGACAGCCAUUCACGUUGCUGCCUUAUAUGGUCAGACAGAGGUUGUACAGGAGUUUCUCACUAGGGCCCCUUAUUCUGCCACGCUCGUCAGUGAGCGUCCAGUUCAAGCCGAUGGUGAAGACGAAGACGAUGACUAUGGUUUUACUUCUCUUCAUCUUGCCGCUCAAAAUGGCGACAACACCCUGGUGCGGGCCAUUACCAACCAUCCUGGCGUACGAGUGGACACUGUGACCGGCAAGGCGGGUCGCACAGCACUCCAUAUAGCAUCCAUGGAAGGUCACAUUGAAGUAGCCAGCACGUUGAUAAGUAAAGCCUCAGCUUUGCUUCAGCUGACGGACAAUGAUGGUCGAGCACCUUUACACCUCGCCUCUGCUAAUGGCCACAGGGAGCUGCUGACGAUCCUGAUUGGCCAGGGAGCUGAUAUUGACGCCCAGGAUAACAUGGGUAAUACGGCUCUACACAUUGCCUCCGAAGCUGGUUAUAUUGCGGUGGUAAAAGUGUUGGUGGAGUAUGGAGCUUCGCCUUUGAUCGAAAACAAGGCUGAAGAUGUACCUAUUUGUCUGGCAGUGAGAGAAAGACACCUUGGAGUGUUGGAUUUCCUACUGAGUCAAAGAGUAAAUCAUGAACGACUUCUGAGCAACAAAAAGUUUUUGCUGGACCUUGUGAUUUGUUCUCGUUCAUCCAAUUGCAAAUCUUUGAUGACCUUUACUCUCAGUGCACCAGCCCCUGUGCACAUUUCAUCGUUCCUGUCGCGUCACUACCGCAUUGAAACUACUAAAAACAAAGAACACGCAAACGAGCUGGAAUUGGCCAGCGGUUUCUGCGAAACCGUGGCAAAGGACCUUAUCAGCAUCUCAUGUGCCGAGGAUUCUGGAGCAGUGCUCAACUCAAUUGACGGUAAAAAUGUGGCGUUCCUCGAUUUCCUGAUCGAAUGCGAGCUGAAACAGUGUGUUUCGCAUCCUUUGGUUCAGCAAUAUGUCACUCAGAUCUGGUUCGGUGACCUCAAGUGGGAGGACUGGAAAUUCAUGGUUUUGUUCCUCGUGGCAUUCUUGUUCCCGCCCAUUUGGGUAUACCUCUCACUUCCGUUCAAGAACAGGCACCGCAAGAUCCCCAUCAUCAAGUUCAUCUGCCGGCUCAUCUCUCACCUCUAUCUCAUCCUAAUUCUCUGUCUGACGGUGGUAGUGCCGUGGAACCACGACGGUAGCGACCUCUUACCCCACUGGUACGAAUACCUUCUAUUCAUGUGGAUCAUUGGUAUGCUCCUGACUGAGAUUAGUAGCGAACGGGAACGUAGCGGGCUUGGAUGGGUCCCUACCCUUGUGAUCUUCUUGGUACUGUUUGGCGAAUUACUUCGAAUGAUUGCAAUUGGUUACGAUGGUGAAAAGAGAGUUGAAAUCGUGUUCGCGCGGGACCAAUUUCUGGGCACGGCGCUGAUGCUAUGUGGUCUGCAACUUCUUCAGUUCUUGUCCAUUCACAGGUUAUUUGGUCCUUGGGGAGUAAUCAUCGGUCAUCUCGUUGUCGAUGUCCUUCGUUUUCUGCUCAUCCUGACAAUAUUCUUCUCCAGCUUCGCGUUGCAGCUCGCAGCAGUGUUUAAGCCAUUGGAGUUGAAGGCUGCCAACGACACGGAACGCGGUGCGAUCUCAGCAAAACCUGCAGUUCCCUUUCUGAAAAUCGUGGAACUCCUCUUCUUUGGUAUCUUUGGACUGACAAAUCAAAAGGACUUUCUUUCAGACGAUAAUGUGCGAGCGAAAGACAUGUCUAAAGUGGUGUUCGGACUCUACAACGUGCUUGUAAUAAUCGUCCUAAUCAACCUCCUGAUCGCCAUGAUGAGCGACACCUACCAACGGUUGCAAGUCGCGUCGGAUGUGGAGUGGAAGUUCGGACGAGCCAGGCUUAUCAGAAACAUGGAACGCGAGACCUCCAACCCAACGCCGAUAAAUCUCUUCUCAAAGCUGGUCCAUGUCAUCAAGAUGCUGUAUAGGUCUCGCUGCAGGUGCCGAGUGCAAGAGAUUGCUGUGCAACAGGACGAAAACAAUGGCGUAUGUGACACUCAGAGACGCCGGCGAUUGAGCUUCACGGAUGAGGCUAUGGAUGAAGAUGCUUAUCAAGAAUGGAGUCUAAUCCAAUCCGUUGUCGACUGGGACAAUGUCGUUGAAAAGUUUCUGGAUUCCAGGGGAGAGAAAAGCUCAAGAGAAAAACACAGGCGGACACGACGAGAUCAAAGACGAAUCAUGCAACUUACCAAGUCGAUCGAUUUGUCUGGAGCCACAGACGAAGCUCGGGAUGAUAAAGUUCUCAAUCGCGUCGCUGAUGAAGCGGCCAUCAGAAUGAAUGUUCUUAAAUCCUUGAAAUUGUAACUAAUGCAGUACGUAAUGUUUCUGACAAGAAAUUCAGGUUCAUGAUCAAGCAAAGGUUCUCAGCCUUGACUCGUCCACUCAGACACUUUUUUAAGUGUUAGAAACCCUUAGAUUAGCCCCCUAGUUUAUAUUUCUUCUUUGGUUUUGCUUCUAACUGUCC